CCAGCUUCCGCCGGAAGCGGCCCCUAUCAGUUGUUCUCAGGUGUUUGGGCUUGUUGUUCCGUAUACUCAGUGGGUUCGCGGCCGCCGGCCCAGUGAGGCUGGGUUCGAGGAGCUGGAGCGGGAAACUGGAGCUUAAAUUCUGGCGGCGAGAUGGACAUUCUGAAAUCAGAGAUCCUUCGGAAGCGGCAGCUGGUGGAGGACAGGAACCUGCUGGUGGAAAAUAAAAAAUAUUUCAAGCGUAGUGAGCUCGCCAAAAAAGAAGAGGAAGCAUAUUUUGAAAGAUGUGGCUACAAGCCUAUAAAUGAGAAGCCAUCUGGAGAGAUACAGCCAAAAGAGGAGGACCAGAAACCAUUAACUUCAUCGAAUCCAGUGUUAGAACUUGAACUGGCAGAGGAAAAAUUACCUAUGACGCUUUCUAGGCAAGAGGUCAUCAGAAGAUUGAGAGAAAGAGGAGAACCAAUCAGACUAUUUGGAGAGACUGAUUAUGAUGCUUUUCAACGUUUAAGGAAAAUAGAGAUCCUCACACCAGAAGUUAACAAGGGAUUGAGGAAUGAUUUGAAAGCAGCCUUGGAUAAGAUUGAUCAGCAGUACCUCAAUGAAAUCGUCGGCGGUCAGGAGCCUGGAGAGGAAGACACACAGAAUGAUCUGAAAGUUCAUGAGGAAAACACCACAAUUGAAGAGUUAGAGGCGCUUGGAGAGUCCUUAGGGAAAGGCGAUGAUCAUAAAGACAUGGACAUCAUCACCAAAUUCCUGAAGUUUCUUCUUGGCGUUUGGGCUAAAGAAUUGAAUGCCAGAGAAGAUUAUGUGAAACGCAGUGUGCAGGGUAAACUGAACAGUGCGACCCAGAAACAGACCGAGUCCUACCUCAGACCACUUUUCAGAAAGCUACGGAAAAGGAAUCUUCCUGCUGAUAUUAAAGAAUCAAUAACGGAUAUUAUUAAAUUCAUGUUGCAGAGAGAAUAUGUGAAGGCAAAUGAUGCUUAUCUUCAGAUGGCCAUUGGAAAUGCGCCUUGGCCCAUCGGUGUCACUAUGGUUGGUAUCCAUGCCAGAACUGGCAGAGAAAAGAUUUUUUCCAAGCAUGUUGCACAUGUUUUAAAUGAUGAAACUCAGCGGAAAUAUAUUCAGGGAUUGAAGAGGUUAAUGACCAUUUGCCAGAAACACUUUCCUACAGACCCAUCCAAAUGUGUGGAGUACAAUGCACUGUGAGAUCUGUGUAUGGUGUGUUAAUAACAAUAAGAAACUUAUGGAAGCAGGCUGUGGACUUCUGGAAUUACCAACAGGAAUGAGGAAAGAAGAAAACUGGAGUUUCCAAUCUCUGAGUUCUACCUGAUGUAACUCUUGAUUGGUUUUAAGAACUGUGUUGGCCUUCAUUUCGUAUCUGACUGCAAGCUGAUUUUUCCUUCUUGCUUUCAUUUUAAUUAGUCCAAAAUUACGUUUUAAAGAUUUUUCCUCACAAUUUAAAUCCGUAGACGACAGAAGGGGGUUUAAAAUGACCUUUUUUUCAGUUGACCCGAAAGUUGUGGUUAGAUGAUUAAAAAGAAACAUUUGAGGAUGAACUUAAUUAUUUCAGUAAAAUAUUAUAAUUUGCCUAUUGUCUUUUAUGUAAUAUUUAUAUAAAAUAUUUUUAUAUAUUUCAAAAACAUGGGACCAUUGAAUGAAACUUUAUAGUCCUUAAAUGUUGCUGAACUUUUGCUGUCUUGCAAUAGAAUUUGAAUGUAAAUAUUA